UGACUGAUUCCCUGCCUCGUUUAGCAGCAGCGCGAUCUAAAGUUCCGCGGCGCAUAGUCGGCAGAAACCGGUGAAAAGGCGACCGACUGACUAGAAUUUCUCUGCAAUCGAGUGAAACUCUCUGUGGGUGUGACCGUUUUUAUUCGUUCUCCAAAUUCACUUGGAUUUUAAGCAACCAUGAGCAACCAACAGUAUUACCCUUUCAAGUGCACCCCCACCGUCUACCCAGCGGAUCCCUUCGACCCCGUGGCCGAUGCCGCCACCCUGAAGAAGGCGAUGAAGGGCUUCGGUGCCGACGAGAAAGCCAUCAUUGACGUGCUGGCCCGCAGAGGCAUCGUCCAACGUCUCGAAAUCGCCGAAACCUUCAAGACCUCCUACGGCAAGGACCUCGUCUCCGAACUGAAGAGCGAACUCGGCGGCAAAUUCGAGGAUGUCAUCGUCGCCUUGAUGACCCCAUUGCCCCAAUUCUAUGCCAAAGAGUUGCACGACGCCGUCGCCGGAUUGGGAACCGACGAGGAGGCCAUCAUCGAGAUCUUGUGCACCCUCUCCAACUACGGUAUCCGCACCAUCGCCCAAUUCUACGAACAACUGUAUGGAAAAUCUUUGGAAAAAGACUUGAAAGGUGAUACCUCAGGACACUUCAAGAGAUUGUUGGUCAGUUUGGUUCAGGCCAACCGCGACGAAAACCAGGGUGUGAACGACAGCCAGGCCACAGCCGACGCUGAAGCCCUCAUCGAAGCUGGCGAAGGUAAAUGGGGAACCGAAGAAUCCAUCUUUAAUUCCAUCCUCAUCACCAGAAGUUACCAACAAUUGAGGGCUACUUUCAGCGAAUAUGAAAGAUUGUCUGGCAAGGACAUCGAAACUUCUAUCAAAAAAGAAUUCUCAGGAAGUGUGGAGAAGGGAUUGUUGGGAAUUGUCAAGUGCGUGAAGAGCAAAGUAGGCUACUUCGCCGAACGUCUCCACGACAGUAUGGCCGGAUUGGGAACAAACGACAAGACUUUGAUCCGUAUCAUUGUAUCCAGAUCUGAAAUCGAUCUUGCUGACAUCAAGCAAGCAUUCUUGGAUAAAUACGGAAAGACUUUGGAGAGCUGGAUCUCUGGCGAUACUUCCGGGGACUACAAGAAAGUUUUACUGGCCAUUAUCGACUAAUCCUUUCCACCACUCCCGUUACAAAUCGCACCAUAACUGUACUCAAAAAACAACUGUUCGCCUUUCACUAAAGUUUUAAUAAAAGCUUAAGUCAUACUGCCAUUAAUUAGAACAAUUUUAUAUUUGUAUACAUCCGAAUGGUUCUUUUGACAACAGAGACACUCAAUAUUUUUAUAUAUUUGCAGGAAGACGUUGGAAGUGACAUUAAAUACCUCUUGAAAACAUUAGUUGCUAUUGGUUAAAUUUGCCCACUUAGCUUUAAUGUUCGUCGUUCUGUCAAUUGGGACAACCUAUUUAUUAUUACCGUAAAUUUAGCUUAGUGGCCUUAACUGUUGAAAAGUUUAUAUUGUAUUGCAGAGUUUAUAUUUAAAAUCGUUGGAUAAUAUUUUUAAAAUAACUACCUAAUAGUUAUCAUAAGGAUGGUGCAGGUCGUACGUUUCCUUAUUGUUUUUAUGGUUUUCCUCUUUUAUAAUAUAUCUUUCAUAUUUUUUAUGUGUUUAUAAAUGUGCUUUAUUGGUGCUUACAAUAAAAGAUAUAAUAUA